CAAGACCCAUCGCAACCUACUUGAGCUCGCCGUCAUCCUAUCCUCUCUCUCUCUCUCCUUCUUCCAUCAACACCAACUUUGACAGACAGCACCUACAACUGUCUUGAUCACCCACCACUCAUCGCCCUACUUCCUGCAUCUUUCAUUAGCUUGUCCAGAGUCGCCGGCAGACCGAACAUCUUAACAACCUCAUCCUCCUUAUCCUCCUCGAAACUCCCCAUCUCCUUCUUCAUCAUGCGUGGGCUUAUCGCCUGGUCGGUUCUCCCUCUGCUGGCAGCAGCAGCUCCAACUGCGAGCACUGAAACCAUCCACGAUGGGGCCGCUCCUAUCCUCACAUCCUCGAAUGCCGAGUCCAUCCCAGACUCUUACAUCGUCGUCUUCAAAAAGCACGUCACCGAGGCCAAGGCUUCCGACCACCACAGCUGGGUGCAGAGCGUCCAUGAUGAGAGCGAGAACGUUCGAACAGAGCUGAGAAAGAGAUCACAAUUCCCCCUCACCACCGACAUCUUUGAGGGUCUCAAACACACAUACAACAUCGCUGGCGACUUCUUGGGUUACUCCGGCCACUUUGAUGACUCUGUCAUUGAGAAGGUCCGAAGACAUCCUGAUGUAAGUACUCCAAAUCUUCACUCUCCAACCCAUGCAUCUGUUUUUUCCCUUUCCCCCCGUUGGGCACGUAACUUGUAUCUCAAUCGGCGAUUUGGUGCAACCUCGCCUGCCGCUUGGUAUCCGCGAACUUCAAAGUUGGAAAGCGGCAAAAGCACGCGUGAUGGAAACUUUCUCUCCCAUUACUCAGGUUACGAGACUUCCCAAGCUGACUCGUUAUCUUUCAGGUCGAAUAUGUGGAGAAGGACUCUAUUGUUCACACCUUAGGUGGUGAAGAUACUGGAGAGCUAGAGAAGAACGCCCCAUGGGGUCUUGCUCGUAUCUCACACCGAGAGAGCUUGGGUUUCAGCGACUUCAACAAGUACCUAUAUGCUGCUGAUGCUGGUGAGGGUGUCGAUGUUUAUGUUAUCGACACCGGAACCAACACCGAGCACGUUGACUUCGAGGGUCGCGCUCACUGGGGUAAGACUAUCCCAGCCAAUGAUGCUGAUGAGGAUGGAAAUGGACAUGGAACUCACUGCUCUGGUACUGUUGCUGGUCACAAGUAUGGUGUUGCCAAAAAGGCCAAUGUCUACGCCGUCAAGGUCCUCAAGUCCAACGGUUCAGGAACCAUGGCCGAUGUGGUCAAGGGUGUUGAAUGGGCUGCCAACACACACACUGAGAAGGUCAAGGCAGGAAAGAAGGGCUUCAAGGGCUCUGCUGCCAACAUGUCUCUUGGUGGUGGCAAAUCUCCUGCUCUCGAUCGUGCUGUCAACGGUGCCGUCAACGCUGGUAUCCACUUUGCCGUCGCUGCUGGUAACGAUAACGCCGAUUCUUGCAACUACUCUCCAGCAGCCGCUGAGCAAGCCAUCACCGUUGGUGCUUCCGCUCUCGAUGAUUCCCGAGCAUACUUUUCCAACUACGGUCCUUGCAACGACAUCUUUGCCCCAGGUUUGAGCAUUCAAUCUACCUGGAUCGGAAGCAAAUAUGCCGUCAACACCAUCUCUGGUACUUCCAUGGCUUCCCCCCACAUCGCUGGUCUCUUGGCCUACUACCUUUCUCUCCAACCUGCUUCCGACUCCGCUUACGCAGUCGAUGAGUUGACUCCAAAGAAGCUCAAGGAGAGCAUCAUCAGCAUUGCUACCAAGGGUGCUUUGUCCGAUGUCCCAUCCAACACCGAGAACAUCUUGGCAUGGAACGGUGGUGGAGCUUCCAACUACUCCUCUAUCAUCAAGGCCGGUAGCUACACCGUCAAGAAGGCUCAAGAUGCACCCGUCAAGGCCAAGCUUCCAUCCACCAUAGAAUUGUUGGAGGAGGCCAUUGAGAACGACUUCAACGUCAUUUCUGGUGAGGUCGUCAAGGGUUCUAAGUCAGCUUUGAACAAGGCUGAGAAGUUUUCCAAGAAGAUUGAGAAGAUGGUUGGGCAUGAGAUCGCUGAGUUCUUGGAUGAGCUUGACAUGUAAGCAGUACGGGAUGGCACAUUUGCAAAUUAUAAUAUGCAAUUCUUAUAUUGCAGGAACAUAGGCUUUCGCCGGGUAUUUUCAUUUUUCCUUUGGUGUGCAUUUUUUGGAUGGAUGGGUCGUGGUUCGGGUUCUCAU